CUUCAUUUUCAUUUUUUGUUAAACUAAUAAAAUAGUAAUUUCUUGAAAAAAAAAAAAAAAAAAACUCAACGCAAUAUAAUAAUGGUUUUUCUUUCGUCCUUUUUUCGAUCCUUCUACUUCAAACUCAAACGGUGACUCGGUGCUUAGAGCUCAGUCCAAAUUAGCGAGCGGAGCUCACCUUUUCAUACGCGAGAGAAGUCGUCAGGAUAAACACGGGAGAGCAUAUAAUUUUCAUUUACAUCUCUGAAGAGUUGGGAGUUUUUCUUUUUGGGAUGGAUCCAGUCAGGGUAGUGCAUAACGGUGGAUGUCAUUGUGGAAGAGUGAGAUGGCGAGCUCAAGCACCAAGCAGUGUUGUAGUUUGGAAGUGCAACUGUUCUGAUUGCUCCAUGAGGGGAAACGUCCACUUCAUUGUCCCUUCUAAAAGGUUUGAGCUUCUUGGAGAUUCCAAACAAUACCUCACAACAUAUACUUUUGGUACACAUUCAGCUAAGCAUACAUUCUGCAAGGUCUGUGGCAUCACUUCAUUCUACACUCCUCGUUCAAAUCCAGAUGGAGUUGCAGUUACAUACAGAUGUGUGGAUCCAGGAACGCUCACCCAUGUUGAAAUCAAGCAUUAUGAUGGCCAAAAUUGGGAGGGCUCAUACAACGAAACUGAUAUUGCUUCAUGUUCAAAGAUAGAUGUGGCUGUUUGAUUAAGUGCAUGUUUUAGUCACUGGUAGAUAUUAUAUGCUUGCGUGAAACUCGCAGGUUGUUAUUGUGAGCAUAGAAUAACAAGACAAUACAUGGGCGAAAUUUAUAAUCACAGCUCUGUACUAUUUAUUUGGUAGUAA